CUUCUUCCUCCUCCCUCGUCCCUCCUCCCUCGCCCCUCCCUCAACCCCCUUGUUCCUCUUCCUUCUCCCCAUCCACGCCAGGUGCCAGCACAGUCGCAAGCGACGAGCAGCUGGCCAGGGCGCUGCAGGCGCAGGAGGACGAGCUGUCGCGGGCGCUGCGCGGCAGCGCGGCCCGCCGCGGCAUGGGGGCGCAGGAGGUGCCGCCGCAGGGUGCGCCGACGGCGAAGCGGCCCAGAAGCGACGGGCCCGCGGACCCGGCGGCGCCGCCCCGGUGCGCCUCCCUCUGCGGGCGCGCCGCCGCCCGCGGCUUCGCGCACUGCUGCCGCACCUGCCGCGGCUCGGCGGGCCGCUCGCACGGGCCCCUGUGCGAGGAG